AUGACAUGGGAGCCAGCGCAGGAUCCUCUCAAGGUCGACGGCUUCCCGACUUCUUGGUCUAUUCCUGUCCUCGAGCCUGAGAGCAAUCCCACAGAUGAGGGCGGUGGCAACGGUUAUCCAGCUUCUCGGCUAGACGUUGGUUUGGAGCCCUUGCGGCACCCUGGAGCCAUGCCUGUGGGUGACAGUGAUCCAGCUUCCCGGCUGGGUUCCAGGACUGAGCCUCUGGGAGAUGGCAUGGUUACAGAAGUGCCCGUAGGGAGGACUUUUCCAGCUCCUCGGCUGGAUGCUGCGCUAGAGCCCAGCUGGCAUCGCAGGGGUCCUCCAAGAGCAAAGCCCCAAGCUGAAGGAGGAAAAAAGUCCCCAGAGGCAUCUGAAGUCCUGAGGCAGAUGCUGGAGGAACUGGAGAGAGGACACGAGUCGGAACGAGAGGCUGUGCGGAAGGAGGCGUUUCCAGAAGGAAGCAGUGGCUCUCUACCAGUCUCUGCCAAAGAAACGGAGGCGAUGAAAGCCACCGGCACGCCAGCGCUGUCAAAGCCCGGAGAAGACCACCACGGCGGCGUAUAUGAAUUUUUUCGAACGGACUCAGGAUCCUCUCAAGGUCGACGGCUUCCCGACUUCUUGGUCUAUUCCUGUCCUCGAGCCUGA